AUGCCCACCUUUUGCCAACAUUACCCAUCUCCAGCCGGUACCCCUUCCUCUUACGAUCAUCCUAUCAGCCAAAAGCCAACCUGGUCCAACAACUUUCACUCAUCCAACUACCUUCAACUGACCGGCUCUAACAAGUUUAAUUCAUCCGACUACCUUCAGCCAACCUGCUCCAACAACUUUCAGCCACUUGAUCCACAAUAUCACCGUGUGUACGCUAUUGCUAAAGGCAAGUCAAAUCACACAGGUUCUGGUGUUGCAGACAAAGACCGACUUCAAGGUAUUGCUACAACUUUGGCCAAACAAGAGACCAAUUGUCCUUGUUUCGAUGAGAUGUAUGCAUUAUUUGGUGAAAAAGCAAAUAUCACCGCAAUGGUCACAAUGGACAGUAGCAUCAUCACAACGUCUGAUUUUGAUUAUUUGGACUCGGACAACCAGGACUCCGACUCAGACUCUGUUUGUUUCAUUUCUGAGUCAAAAGAACACAAACCUCUCUCAAGUUCUCUGAGGCGCACUUCCACGUUGGCCAACCUAAUUGACAGACAUGAUCAAGAUGAAUCGUUAUUGGGCGGAAUCCAAAGUCCAGACUUUGUAGGAUUAAAUCCCAAUCUCGAUGAAGUGUUUCAACCACUUUGGUCAACUGUAGAAAAUUUGGAAAGUUUUUUUGUCGACAAUCCAAGUGGUUGGGACAACAUACCUAUCAAAUCGUCAUUGUCAAAUUCUCCCAACAACUUUCUUCGUUCACAACAAGAUCCCAAUCCGGGUACUCCAUCAUCUGUCAGCACUAGCACUUCUUCCCAAAAACCUUUGCGGCUGCCCUCACAAGAUCACCAUCCCAACUCGCCUUUGCCUUUGGUCAAAAUCACCACUUCUAAUCAACAAAACACUCAAACUGAAACUCCAGAUCAACCCAACAAAAGCCCCAUUGCUAAGCGUCAGGCAAAGAUAACAGAUAAUCAAGAUAAGCUGAAGCCAGUUCACAAUUCUGCAAACCCUCUACCGCCAAUUGCAGCACCCGGCAAAGCUAAAUCAGAAUUGAAAAACCCUUUGGCACAAGCACUCUUAACCAUCAGUCAGUCCAAGGCACAAAUGUACAAGGCCACGAAUAAGCGGGAGUUAGAGCUAGAAGCGCGUAUGGUAGAAAAUGAAACCAAGACAUUGAUGCGAGAUAUGGCCCUUGACAAACAUAACAAGGAACAAGAAGAGAAGAAGCAAAAGCAAGAAGAACUUGCAGUCAGCUUGCAACUGGCAUGGGACAAAGAAAGAUUUCUUCACAAAAAAGAGGAAAGAGUGCAAGACAAACACAUCAAGCAGAUGAAUAGGUGGUUAGCUGAAGGGGAGUCAGUUGCAGAUGUCAGACUACUUUUGGAGAUGAGUGGGUUGACUCAGCCAAAGGAUGCGAGUAGUUUGACUCAGCAAUAA